AUGGAUGAGACUUAUGAUGCGAUUGUUCUCGGAACUGGAUUGAAGGAAUGCAUUCUCUCCGGAAUGCUGUCGGUGUCCGGCAAGAAAGUCUUGCAUAUUGACCGCAACAAUUAUUAUGGUGGUGAGUCGGCUUCGUUGACGCCGUUGGAGCAGCUCUACGAGAAGUUCCAUGGGCCGAACGCUAAACCGCCAACCGAGACUGGACGCGGACGUGACUGGAAUGUGGAUUUGAUUCCAAAGUUCCUCAUGGCCAAUGGACCACUCGUCAAAUUAUUGAUUCACACUGGCGUCACCAGAUAUCUUGAAUUCAAGUCGAUCGAGGCGUCUUAUGUGUUCAAAGGCGGAAAAAUCUACAAGGUGCCGGCCGACGAGAUGGAAGCAUUGGCCACAUCGUUGAUGGGAAUGUUUGAGAAGCGUCGCUUCAAGAAGUUCCUCGUCUGGGUUCAACAAUUCGAUGCGAACAACAAGGAAACUUGGCAAGGACUUGAUCCGCACAACAACACGAUGCAACAGGUGUACGAGAAGUUCGGUCUCGAUGAGAACACCGCCGAUUUCACCGGACACGCGUUGGCGUUGUACCGCGACGAUGAGUACAAGAACAAACCGUUUGCGGAGGCGGUUGAGAAGAUCCGCUUGUAUUCGGACUCGUUGGCUCGCUACGGCAAAUCGCCGUACUUGUAUCCGUUGUACGGACUCGGCGAGCUGCCGCAGGGCUUCGCGCGCUUGUCGGCCAUUUACGGUGGAACCUACAUGCUGGACAAGCCGGUCGACGAGGUUGUCUUCGAGAAUGGCAAGGCUGUCGGUGUCAAGUGCGGCGAAGAGGUCGUGCGCGGAAAACAAAUCUACUGUGAUCCGUCUUACGCCAAGGAUCGCAUCAAGAAGAUUGGACAAGUUGUUCGCGCCAUUUGCCUUCUCAAUCAUCCGAUUCCGAACACCAACGAUGCCCAAUCGUGCCAAAUCAUCAUUCCGCAGAAGCAAGUCGGAAGACACUAUGACAUUUACAUUUCGUGCUGCUCAAACACCAACAUGGUGACACCGAAGGGUUGGUUCUUGGCAAUGGUGUCGACGACUGUUGAGACGGCCAACCCGGAAGCCGAAAUCCUUCCGGGACUUCAACUUCUCGGCCCGAUCACCGAGAAGUUCAUCUCGAUUUCGGAUUUGUACGAGCCGACCGAUCUCGGAACCGAAUCGCAAAUCUUCAUCUCGAGAUCGUAUGACGCCACCACCCACUUUGAGACCACUUGCAAGGAUGUUCUUGAGAUUUUCGCGCGCGGAACCACAGAAGAGUUCGAUUUCACCAAGAUCACCCAUCUCUCGCUCCAAGAUAACGAAUAA